AUGGGUGUUGACCCUCUGUCCCCUAUUGCGCCAGUGCGCCUUAGGGCGCUGCUGCUGCCGGUUGGAAAAAUCAAACGCUCGCGGUUUUUGAGCUUCGCCGCAAGGCUUCAGGCCGAAAAUGUCGUUCGCUUAGGGGAUAUUAGUCCGGAUGCGCGACCCAAUCGAAAUAUGUUCUCGCCAUUAGCAUUUCCUACGGGCAUGAUUCUCUACGACCUUUCCUUCUCCGUGCCCCCGACGUCGCAUCUUGAGCUGUUCCCCUUUGAGGUCUUUCGCGAACCCCUCGUUGUCAUUGCGAUUGCCGAUGGAGCAGAACUGAAGGACCAAGAGGAUGGUGAUAAAACAGAACAAGUCGGCGAGCUUCCCUCCCCCGCUGAACUGGGCCAGCUUCAACAGGAGCUGGAGGUCGUUCGGGAGAGACACACAAGGGCCUUGGUGCAUCAGCUCCUUAUCUUUGAUUAUCAGGGAGUUGACAAGCUCUCGAAUGGACCGGACGACAUUCUAUGGGUCCCAAGGCCUGAGGCGUCCAAGGCAACUACGAUGAAGACUGUCUUGUGCGAUAUCACCUCGCUGCUACUUUCGGAAUUGGACGAGUUCGCAAAAACCAUACAGAACAUACCUUCGAUCGAGUCGCCUAAGGCCUCCUCUUGGGGCCCACAAAGAGGUCCGGAUCUACGCCCACGUCCUACGGAUAGGUUGUUUCAUCGUAUGACCAUGCCUGCGCACCUUCCCUCCAAACCGAACGGUACAUCUGAAACCCCUGUCAGCUCUAGCCAGAGCUCUCCUGCUCCCAGCGACUAUGAGACCCCGACGACUUUUGACGAAAUUACACGGUCUAUACAGCUUUCAAACCGUGCUAGCACGUUUGGGAAACCUAACUCCCUACCCUCAUCUAAGGAACAUAGUCGUGACCGAAUGUCUGUGAGCAGCAUGAGUGCUACAGAUCGGACCAAGAACCGUAUCAAAGGGCGUACUGGCGUCGUCGUGGGGACACUUUUCCUUCAGGCCGGGCGAUGGCCAGACGCUUUAAAGGAGCUCGUCGAUGCGGCAUCGAAUGCUCGCGCAAGCAGUGAUUACGUAUGGCAUGCCAAAGCCCUUGAGUCCAUUCUCCUGUGUCUAUUAAUGUUUGGCUGGGCAGGACUGGACUUCCAGAUCCCUCCCAUCUGCUAUCCUGUGGCCGAUAAGUCCUCGAAAUCAUCCUUCAACCUGGACUCAGGCUCAGGGCAAUCCACGCCCGGGAAUCGUGUGGUUUCCCUUCAGAAUUUGUCAAAUCUCCUACCGGAUCUGUCUAAUAAUAUAAUGAACCUCUAUAACCGUGCAGCGAACAUCACCGACGAACCUCUGCCUCAACUCGUUUUCUCGGAAACAGUGAUCCGCUUGGCGAGAAUACUGGUGGCUGCGCGCAUUCGUGAUGGUGCCCUGGACGAUAAUGCUUUGAAACAUAUUGUCACAAAUGAGCCUCUGGUUCCCUUGCUCCGGCCCGAACGUCCCCGUGGGCUGGUCAUUCUGCGCAAAUCUGAAAUUGCAAACUUUCUUUUUCGUGCUCUGCCACUGUCUCCUGGGUCAGAUCUACCGGCAACAGACUCUAUACCUAUAAUAAUAGGGGUCGUCUCCGUUUUGAACACCCUGGAUCUACCAAGGAAGAAGGCCUUCAUUUUGAGAGAGCUUUUGUCGAUCAUGGUGCCGACACUUGUUCAGGCUCGUAAAAUCGGCGCAGCCGAAGUAGGCAUUCAUCCUGCCGCCGGCCUAGCUUCUCUGAGUGAGACCGCCUUUGAUAUCAACGCCCUUGAUGUCGGUCCCGGGAACAUGGAAGAAAGCGUGCGUUCUCUUCUUGCCUCGAUAGGGGAGAUCUACGGGGUGCAGCCUUCCUCGUUCUAUGAAUGGGAGAGCACCCGCUCUUCAAGAGCCAGCGCUCCGGAGCCGGUUCCUGAAUAUGAUUCAGUCGCCUCAAUUGUUGAGCGAUCCUUUAGGCAUACCGUCCUAGAUAAAUAUGGCGAUCUGAACCUGAAAGUUGACGUUCUUAGAGCCUGCAUAAAUUCGUGUGAAGCUCUCCCAGAUUUCGGCGGUGUCCUCCGCUUUACCGUGGAAUUGCUUCAAACCAUCCGUGGAGAUCUCAUGCUUACUGAAAAACAAUACACACCUCCGUACUUGCCCCACGACGAGCAGGUUCGCCUUCUGAACAACAUUAAGCGCACGGUUGGCGCAGCCAACAAGUUAGGGGCAUCGGGUCUUGAGGCGGAAUAUUGGGACGAUUUCUUGGUCCGUGGAAUCCAAAUGCUACCUUUACCAGACCCCAAGAAACCAGUUCGCCGAUCCAGACCAGAGCUUGAUGCGGUGACCGUGAACAAAGAAAAGUCAACAAAGGACCCAUUCUUGUACAAUCCUUUCUCCAAGGCAAACAACAAGGCCUCGGAGCUCCUUAUCGUUGCUGGGGAACAUGCCGCAUUCCAAGUCACUCUUCAAAACCCUUAUGAGUUUGAGAUAGAGAUCGAAAGACUCCGGCUUGAUGGCGAAGGUGCGCCAUUUGAUGCUGUGGCCGAAUGGAUAAUUCUGCCUCCACUCUGCCUGCAACAAGUCACCGUCUUUGGAAUGGCUCAUGAGGAGGGCAAAGUGAACAUCACCGGCUGCAUUGUUAAGGUUCGGCAUUGCAGAGAACGAAAAUUUCCCAUCUUCCAAAAUUGGUGGAGACCAGAAGCCGAACAGAAAUUCAAACGGAUUGGAUUGGCGGCCAAGAAGCCCUCGAUGGACCGCCCUCUCUCCUGGAGCUCAACGACGUCGAAAGAUGGGAAACCGCUUCCCAAAAAGGGGCCUGAAACCUCGUCCUGCGAUGUCAAAGUGAUCGGCCAACAGCCGUCUCUUGUCAUUGAAUCUCUCUCACUAUCGCAAUCUGCAGUGAUGGUAUUGGAAGGCGAGCUCAGUUCCUUCAAGAUAACACUACGGAACACGUCAUCAUGUUCUCUCGACUUCAUACUUUUUACUUUCCAAGAUUCCACAACGAGGCAGAUCCAGUCGGCCUUAGGCAAUAAAGAUCUAUUGCCAGUCGAAGUUUAUGAGCUCGAGCUCAAGUUAUCCAAGCCGGCUUUGCAAUGGCGCCGAGAAGGUUUGAAUCCAGGUGAUCACACCAUACCUGCAGGUCAAAGCGCCACAUUCACCAUUGACAUCAUUGGGAAAGCUGGCCUGCAAGACACUACAGUGCAGAUUGAUUAUUCCUGCGUUGGAUCUUCUCACGUGGAGCUACCGGAUGUGUUUUAUACUCGACAAUUAUUCGUGCCGCUCACCGUUACAGUAAAUGCCAGUAUUGAAGUGGCCCGCUGUGACAUACUACCCUUCAGUGCGGACUUUGCAUGGUGGAAUAGUCAAGAUGCCGACUUCAAAACGGAGACUGCUCAGACACACCUUGCUCCGUCCUCGCAUCUGACGGACGAUAAUUCUUUCUCUCCGGUGCUCUCUCACCUCGUUCAAGGCGCUUAUGGGCCGGAACACUGCAUCUUGCUUCUUGACCUCCGCAAUGCUUGGCCGAAUCCCUUAUCGGUGACGCUACAGGUGAGCGAGCAGCCAGUGACCUCUCCAAUGCAAGAACCGGAUGAAUCCGGCGCAAAGGAUGACCGAUAUUCUGUGUUUGGAGAACUUCAGCCCGGCCAGCUGUCUCGUUUUGUUCUUGUCCUACCUCGUGUUCACCUCGACAAUCCUCAUGCUUCGAUACCGCUCCUUAAUACGGGAGUCAAGAGACAGUUUGUUGUAAGUGCCAACAAGCUUACAUUUGAGGGUGAGGCAGCAUCACGCGAGGCCUUCUGGUAUAGAGAGGAGCUUCUCAAGCGAGUGAGCGGUUCCUGGAAGGAGAGCCCUAUCGGGCGCCAGGGGACGAUUGACCUGAGGAACUUGCGCUUUAACGCAAGAAUGGUGGAUGCUUUCCGGCUCGACGAUGUUGACAUGACCUUUUCAUUGCGCCCGUCCUUUGCGGAAAACACAUCCGCCGACGAAAAAGACAGUGUCACCCAAACUGGACGGUCAAAAUACCUGGUCCAGACUGAUGAGAUGAUGAAUCUUACUGUCACCAUCCGCAACCGCUCCUCGAGAUCUAUUCACCCACUCCUGCGACUCCAACCGAGUCUUCGCCACCAGCCUAGCAAUAUUGCCCUCGAUCUAUCGCGACGUCUCGCAUGGACCGGUAUGUUGCAGCAGGUCUUGCCUGUCAUACAUAGUGGUGAGAGUACGUCUGCCACAAUCGGGGUGACUGUCCUCAGUAGGGGCGAGUAUGAAUUUGGAGCCACCGUGGAGGAAGUACGACUCCUGAAACCUUUGAAUGGGAACCGGAACUCUCUUCCAGUACCACACACCUUCCAUGAUGAUGACCUGCCUAUCAAGGAUACAUUCGGAGCAGAUGUCGCUAAGAAGCGGCGCAUCUGGCAUGCUAAGGAGACGUGCAUUAUGGAUGCGCACGCGUAAAUCUCACCUGAUGAAGGUUUGG